GACUCGUAACUCGUUGCAUAUUUUCGUCUCGUGUUAAAUAAAUCUCCACGACUCGUGGUUCACCCAGCCGCGACAAAAUAAUCCACACCAAUUGACUCAUUGAAUAACCCGUAUUACGUGUAAAUUGCAUCAACAGAUUGACAAUCAUCGCCUACCAUACAGCCCCGACUUGACAGUUUAUUAUCAUUUUUUUUUAACGGACAAUAUUGCCAGAAAUAUGUCGUUUUUUUCCUCUUUAAGUGGAUGAAAUAAAAAAAAAACAACGAAUGGGAGCAACGAUCGUGUGUGUAAUACCAGGCAUGGAGUGGACUCAGUGUUGUAGUGAUAGUUUUAAAUUAUUUGGAGCUCUUGUCACACUUCCUGAAUUUACAGGUUUCAGGUCGCAACGGUGUGCCUAUAUCGACGAGAAUGGCUGGUUGGUAGAGCGUCCAAUCUGAAUCCCAGCAAUAUCUCCGAGGAAAAUGGGGUCGACCCAGCGUAAAUCCGCAAUAAGGGCAUCAGUAUUGAGGAUUCUGACGGGAGCAUCAGUCGAUACCCCGUGACUCAUCAAACUCAUCUCUUCCAAAUCCCAGCGCUUCCCUCAAUGAGUAAACUUCGAUAACUCCCAAAAGAAUGCCAUCUACACUACUGGGAGGGUGAUGGAUAAUAGACGCAUUUCGCCGAUUGGACGCCGCCUGGCCAGUGCGCUGGACCCAGUAGCCCGUUUCACAGCGGAUUUUAGCUCACUUUCAGCGCCAUGCAGCCCACAACUGGGAAUGUCCUCCCGGAAUCCAACGGGCGAGUCCUUAUCAGCCCAAGAGAGCCCUCGAUUAUUACCAAGACAUCGAGGUGGAUGUCCAAGACAACCUCCUGUACCACCACCAAGACCACAACGCAACGAUUCACCAGUUCACACCCGAGGUUUGACCUCAACAUACGCCAAUAUACCAUGUGACAAUUCUCACAUCAGCCGACGGGACAAGCCCUUCACAGACAGUGUGAAAAGUAAUAUCGGUUACGUAGAGCUCAGGGACAAAGGUGUCAAUGAUAAAGGAAACAAUUGCCGGGGACCAGUGCCAUUCACAUUCACUUCGGACUCAAGUGGUAGAGUUGAAUACGCUGACAAGAGAUUUUAUGCACCAAGAGCUGAUGAUUUCACGGCCUACGCUAAUUUUGAUAAUGAGACCCAUUCAGAGAGCUCAUCACCAAUAUUCGAUGCUGGACAGUCGACAAUGGUGUCCAAUGUCGACAAAAUACUCUCAUCAUUUACCAGCAACAAACAGCCAUUUCGUAGGGGCUCAAUCGAGCGUGACAUGACAUACGCCUCGUCGUUAUCAGCUGCAACAUCUACCAGCGACGACCAGAGGGAGCGUUUUGACCGUCCAACUGCGUACUCCUCAUCCAAGAGCUUUGACGCCGGUUACUCAGCCACAGUUGAGGAGCUCAAUUGGCAAGAGAGGUGUCUCGAGCUUCAGCUUGAAUUACAUCGGAGCAGGAGCCAAGCUACGAGAGUACGAGAUAUGCUCAGGGAAAAGCUUACCGAGCUCGAGCAGAGGGUUCUCGAUGCCGAGGGCCGAGCAGACGAGGCUGAGGACAAGGUACGGAUGAUGGAGGAACGGCUGGUGAAGGGUGAAUACAGCCUGAGCACAUCUGGAGUAGGUUCCCCGGCACAUUCGUUGGCAUCCACCUCCGGUACCCAGAAUGAUAAAAUUGAGGAUGUGCAUUGUGCCUGCAUAUCGAAAUUAGAAACACAAGUGGAGGAACAGAGACAACUGCGACUUCAUGAUGCGAGACAAGUCGAGGCAAAGGCAGCACGAAUAAAGGAGUGGGUUACGAACAAACUACGUGAGCUUGAACAGCAGAAUCAACAUUUGCGGGAGCAAAAUAACAAGUGCAAUCAGCAACUGGAGCUUCUGCGUAAUCACAUUACAAACAUUGGUCUCCGGUCUCUGGUACGGCCAUUGAUACCAACAGCAAGAGCAUCUCUCUCAUUGGAGGUCGAUCCAACAGUACGUCGACGCUCUGAGAGUCUCGAGGGGACCCCCCAGACGGUUCCAGAGAACGUUAAUCAAACUACUGUCAGUGAUUUGCCACCAAUUGGAUCACGGCACAGGAGACACCUGUCAGCCUGUGGAACCAUUCAGCAGGGCAUUAUUACAACCAACAUGGAAUCUAGUCUGUUGUCGGAGGAGUUGGCAGCGGCUGUGGAGAAUCUCGUGAUGCUGCCCAGUAUACCGGGGGUGUCGGAGGCAAAUCGUGACAGCGGAAGUUCGGAGACAUUGCAUGAUUAUGCGGAGAUUUAUACACCUAGCAGGGAAGGAAUGAAUUGGGCUGGACAACCGUCAUCAUCAGCUCCCAGGCCGCCUACACCUCCUCUUCACAGAUUUCCCAGUUGGGAGGCUAAAAUUUAUCAGGUGGCAGAUGGAGGUUUGGGUAUUGGCCCCCCAACAAACGACGAUGCCUCAGUGGCCCCUUCAUCGACCACCAAUACAAAUUCCUCGAAACAUUCUCACGCAACUGGUCACAAUCUAACCGCACACAAUUCCCAAGGCUACUGUGAUAUAUCUGUACCAGUCUACGCCACUGUGAAGGGUCGUGCAAGCCAGAUAAGAUCAAUGCCCUUUGGUGACAGUUCAGACGACAGUUCAGACGGUGAAGAUCAUCCAAAUCAAACCGAAACCAACACGAGGAUAACAAACAGUUCCUCCGACAACACUGAUUCGUCCCUAGGAAGUGGUAGUAGCCCCUCUAAAAGCAUAAAAACCACCAGCAGCUUGAGUCCAGCCAAGAGAAGCUCCAGUGGUUCUCCGAGUAAAAGUGUUAAACGUGAUACUUCUCUUGAAUCCGGCUUGUCGGAGGACUAUGCUAUUCCCCCAGACGCACUCAGCUCUACUUCCCUGGAGUCCAGUAUGCCGAGUUUGCUUAUGAGAGUCGCAGGCGAGAGCCCAAAGAGACUAGAAUCUCUUGAGAAGACAGGGCACUUAGCAAAACUGGGGGGUAAGCUGAAAACUUGGAGAAAGAGGUGGUUCGUUUUGAAAAACGGUGUGUUGGUUUACUGGAAGAGUCAGAAUGACGUGAAUAGAAAGCCCCAGGGCCAGAUUCUCCUCGACGAAGUUUGCAGGAUAAACAGGGCUGAGGGUGCAGCUACUUUUGAGAUAGCAACGGGAAAGAAAACCUACUACUUGACAGCUGACUGCAUAGCAACCAUGGAGGACUGGAUACGAGUUCUGCAGAAUGUUCAGAGGCGAAAUGCCACUAAAUUGCUGCUGAGUAGAGAGGACAAUAAGCCGACGAUUCAGGGAUGGCUGACUAAAGUGAAGAAUGGGCAUGCCAAAAAGUGCUGGUGUGUUCUAAUUGGCAAGAUGUUUCUCUAUUUCAAAUGUCCCAGUGAUACUAAUCCAAUUGGCCAGAUCAACAUGAGGGAUGCUAGGGUGGAGGAGGUGGAACAUGUCUCGGACAGUGACAGCGAGGAAAGGGAUGCGGAGUGCCCACAUGAGAGGACCAUUGGCAUUUUUCCAACUCAUCAAGGUCCAACUUACUUGCUGAUGCCUCAAAAACAGGAGAAGGACAAUUGGCUUUACCAUUUGACUGUCGUCUCAGGGGGUGGACCCAAUGCUGGGACACAGUAUGAACAGCUCGUUCAGAGGCUCAUGGAGACUGAUGGCGAUCCCAGCUGUGUUCUCUGGAGGCAUCCACUUCUGUUGCAUACUAAGGAAAACAUUACUAGUCCCCUCACAAGUCUCACUUCUGAGGCGUUGCAGUCUGAAGCCAUUAAGUUAUUUAAGGCGUGUCAGCUAUUCAUGUCUGUAGCUGUUGAACAAGCUGGUAUCGAUUAUCACGUUGUACUUGCCCAAAAUGCUCUACAGCAGUGUCUCGAUCAACCUGAAUUGCAAUCUGAGUUCAUUUGUGCACUUGUCAAACAGACGAGUCGUCAUACCCAGCAACGUUUAGGCGUACAGGUAAAAAAGGCCGCCAGAAUUGUCUCGCUGGGUACUGCGCGUGUUUGCACGGACUCAGUAGUACGCCAGCAUACCAUAUUGCAGCAACUCCUCCUCUGUGCGACCCAAUCGCUCUUCACCUGCGAUACGCAAAGCCCCACGUCAAAUGGCGCUGGUGAAAAUGCGGAUGCACAGUCAACGGCAUCAACAUCUCACAGUCCUACGCUCACGCAGGGCCACUCCACCUCGAACAUCCUCGAUUGCAAGACAAAUCCCGCCCAGUAUGUCUUGGUCCAGGGAUGGCAGCUCCUGGCGCUCGCCGUUUCGCUGUUUCUACCCAGGAAUAAUCGAUUACUUUGGUACCUGAAGCUUCAUCUCCAAAGAAAUGCAGAUUCCAAAACGGAAUGUGGGAAGUACGCAGCUUAUUGCGAGCGAGCGUUGGAGAGAACUUUGCAAAACGGUGGAAGGGAGGUAAAACCAUCGAGAAUGGAGGUCUUGUCAAUUCUUUUGAAGAACCCGUACCACCACUCCCUUCCCCACGCAAUUCCGGUGCACUUUCUCAAUGGAACGUAUCAAGUGGUGAGUUUCGACGGUAGCACCACCAUCGAGGAAUUCCUCCACACGUUGAACCAGGAGAUUGGCUGUCGAGACGUGCACCAAUCUGGUUUCACUCUAUUCAGUGACGAUCCCAUUGAAAAAGACCUAGAGCACUUCAUAGACCUUCAGGCGAAGCUCUGCGACAUCAUAUCUAAGUGGGAGACAGCACUGAGGGAGAAGGGCUCUGGAAAAUUCGAGAAUACGAGGGUCAUACAGCUGACGUACAAGUCGAGAUGCUACUGGAAGGCUGCAGCCAAAAUGGAGACGGAUCGUGAGAGACUCCUUCUAUGCUAUCAGGUCAAUCAGCAAGUGGUGCAGGGAAAAUUUCCCCUGAAUCGCGAGCUGGCGUUCGAACUGGCUUCCCUGAUGGCACAGAUUGAUUUCGGCGAAUACAACAAUGAUAAAGCACGAGGCAGUGGACAGGGCAGCAAUCCCAAUCAUCUGGUGUUGCAGGCACUCGAUAAAUUCUACCCGGUCAGAUAUCGAUCUAAUAUCACACCCGAUCAGCUGAGGGAGUUGCAGGAAAAAUUACAGGAGAAGUGGGUGGGACUCAAGGGGAGGAGUGUCCUUGAUUGCGUGAGGAUUUAUUUGACAUGCACGAGGAAGUGGCCGUUCUUCGGAGCUACUCUCUAUCAAGCUAAACUCAAGCAGUCUGAAUCAAUCACUCUCUGGAUCGCCGUAUCCGAGGACAGCGUGACUCUCCUCGAACUGCAGACAAUGGCAGUGAUGUAUCGAUACAAUUACGCCAAUAUUGUGACCUUCGGCGGAUGCCUGGAUGACUUCAUGCUAGUUGCUUGCCCGGACGAGGGUGCGGCCGAACAAAAAUUAUUAUUCGCACUUAGUAAACCCAAAAUACUUGAGAUAACGCUUUUGAUAGCUGACUACAUGAAUGCCUUGGGUCACGCCUUACCUGGAACCCCUCAGAUGAAUACUCUCACGCGAAAUGGAUCCCACAGAUCUGUAAAAUCCACCAUGAGACCUACUACUGGUUCCAGUUGUCUUCCAACGCAACCUGAUAUUCUAAAAUCAACACCAGACCACCAGAGGCCAUGAACUUUGUUUUCUCGUGUUAACUCUCUGAAGAACACGAUAUAAACAACGAACAAAAACAAUUACUCAACAUGGCACUAAUUCAGUGAUACGAAUAAAGGUACUAAGAAUAGGGAUUCAACGCGAUGGGAAACACUGCCUAAUAAAUAAGUAGUAGACCUCUGGCAAAAGCAGAUAGUAGGAAUGAUAAAAAAUUGCAACAAAGAAGAUUCUUGCUGCUAUCGCAUGUAAAUAUUUCAUUGACGUCGUGAAAAGAAUCAUAAUCCAUCGUGCAGUAUUUAAAACAAAUAUAACGCGGAUAUUUAGGUUUUAAUUAUCGGAUGUAAAUAAUUGACUGUCGUAUUAAUGGGUGUGUAGAGGGUGGGAUAAUAGGUCGAGGGGAGGAUGCAGGACAUUCGUAUAAUGGUUUUCUUGCCGAGUAUCAAUGCAAUACCACUCGAUUUUAUCAUUAUUUCGAGUAAGAGGAAACAAAUUGAGGGUGGAAUACCUUGGUAUCCACCCCUAAUUGGUAUCGAUAUCUUCUCUACAUUUUCUUGGGAUUAAUUUUCUUUAGAGUUUCAUGAAAAUCAUCUGUUAUUCUCUUUUCUUCAUAUCAAGAAUAGAAUUAAUGAAUUCCUGUUAUUUAACGAUAUUUAAUCCCAAAAAAACAUUCGAUGUUGUGUAACGACAUUUGAAUUAAAAAAACGUAGAAUUGUUUUCUGAACACGCAGAGAGGAUACACAAAGUGCUCGAGAUACUUCGCGGAAAUAAA